AUGGUUGAGAUCCCCAAGAAGCAAAAGGCCGUGGUCUUCGACCAACCGGGAAAGGUCUCGACAAAGGUCGUGGAGAUUGACGUCCCUGAGCCUGGUGCGGGUGAAGUUCUUAUCAACUUGACACACUCCGGCGUAUGUCAUUCUGACUAUGGCAUCAUGACCAACACUUGGAGCAUGCUCCCUUUCCCCACUCAGCCCGGUCAGGUUGGUGGCCAUGAGGGUGUAGGGAAGAUCGUCAAGCUUGGCGAAGGCGCCGAAAGCUCUGGCUUGAAGGUUGGCGAUCGCGUCGGUAUCAAAUGGGUCUCCAGUGCAUGUGGCAACUGCCAGCCCUGCCAGGUUGGCUUCGAUGGACUCUGCUUCAACCAGAAGGUCUCGGGGUACUAUACCCCUGGCACGUUCCAACAAUACGCACUUGGGCCCGCCAACUAUGUGACUCCAAUCCCCGAUGAUUUGGAUUCCGCCCAGGCAGCUCCCAUGCUGUGCGCUGGUGUCACAGUAUACGCAGCUCUAAAGCGCAGCAAUGCGAAGCCUGGCCAGUUCGUCAUCAUUUCCGGGGCCGGCGGUGGUCUGGGGCAUAUCGCUGUGCAACUCGCCAGCAAGGGCAUGGGACUGCGUGUAAUUGGCAUUGAUCACGGCAGCAAGGCCGAGCUCGUGAAAGCAUCCGGGGCCGAGCAUUUCGUCGACAUCACCCAGUUCCCUACCGAUGAUGACGGAGCUGCCCUCCAGAAACACGUCCAAUCCCUAACCGAUGGAUUGGGUGCCCAUGCUGCUGUCGUUUGUACAGCUGCGAAUGCCGCUUAUGCUCAAGCUCUGCCACUGCUCCGAUUCAACGGUACCCUGGUCUGCGUGGGUAUCCCCGAGCAUGAGCCUAAGGCUAUCGCGACGGCUUUCCCGUCGUCGUUCAUCAAUAAACACUACACCAUCACGGGCUCGGCGGUCGGGAAUCGCACUGAGGCAAUUGAGACGCUGAAAUUUGCUGCUCGGGGAAUUAUCAAGGCUCACUAUCGGGUCGAGAAGAUGGAUGCUUUGACCUCUGUUUUCCAGGAGAUGGCGGAGGGCAAAUUGCAGGGCCGUGUCGUUCUAGACCUCUCAGGCUGA